AUUGCAGGGGACAAAAUCGGCAGGGACUCCGCCAACAUGCCGAGCGCUUCCUUCACGGCCUCCCGGUCCUACGUAAGGCGAUCCAGGAGAAAAGGGGCCAACAGGAUCCCUACGCCAUCGAGGACGACGUCUGCCGAACCAUGCGAACCCUCGUCGCCCGUCCAGCCCAACCAGAACGCUCCAGCCCCCUCGGCGCCUGGUCCUUCGCCACCCGCACAAGGAGCGCCUCCCCCUGCAGGAGGCUCCGGAGGAGCUCCGCUGGGAGGUCCUCUAGCCGCCCACCAGAGCCCCUACGACCUGCGACGCAAGUCGCCACAGCAUCACGGCGGCGCCGAGGGCGGCACGGGAGUUCCGGGACCUAGUACCAGCGCUGCUACGGCCGGGGGCGCCCCCGCUAGCCCCCCUUGCUCGAGCGGAGCCAGCGGGAGCGGGUCCGGCUACAAUUCGAACAUGUUGCCGGCGAGGAAGAGGCCCAGGAGGACGUGUUCGGCCUCGUACGAGACUUGUACCAACACAGCUGCACACUAUCUUCAGUACGAACUUCCCGACGAGGUUUUGCUCACCAUAUUCAGCUACUUACUGGAACAGGACUUGUGUAGGGUGAGCCAAGUAUGCAAAAGGUUCCAAAUCAUCGCCAACGACACAGAACUAUGGAAGAGGUUGUACCAGAACGUCUACGAGUACGACCUGCCUUUAUUUAAUCCCGCACCUUGCCGAUUCGAGUUUAUCAGCCCGGAAGAAUCCGAACUAGCCAAUCCGUGGAAGGAAUCCUUCAGACAGUUAUACAGGGGUAUCCAUGUUCGGCCCGGAUACCAGGAGAUGAGUUUCAAAGGGAGGAAUUUAAUGUAUUUUAAUACUGUACAGGGUGCUUUGGACUACGCGGACGAAAGGAGCGGUACGAAUAGUACGACGGGUUCGGUUACGGGUUCCUGUAACGCCCACGCCGGCAACGAGCAUGCCGGCCAGGGGGCGCUGAUCUUUCUGCACUCGGGCACGUACAGGGGCGAAUUUUUAGUGAUCGAUUCCGAUAUAGCUUUGAUAGGUGGAGCGCCUGGCAACGUUGCCGAGUCCGUCAUACUGGAGAGGGAGUCUGAGUCCACUGUAAUGUUCGUUGAGGGGGCGAAGAACGCGUACGCCGGCCAUUUGACGUUGAAAUUCUCGCCGGACGUGACGUCAACAGUGCCCCACCACAAGCACUACUGUCUGGAGGUGGGCGAGAAUUGUAGUCCAACCAUCGACCAUUGUGUCAUUCGGAGUACGUCAGUCGUGGGCGCAGCCGUGUGCGUCAGCGGCGUGGGAGCCAACCCCGUCAUCCGCCAUUGUGAUAUCAGCGACUGCGAGAACGUGGGGCUCUACGUGACCGACUACGCCCAGGGCACGUACGAGGACAACGAGAUCAGCCGCAACGCGUUGGCCGGUAUUUGGGUGAAGAAUUUCGCCAAUCCCAUCAUGCGGCGCAACCACAUCCACCACGGGCGCGACGUGGGCAUCUUCACCUUCGACAACGGACUGGGCUACUUCGAGGCCAACGAUAUUCACAACAACAGGAUAGCCGGGUUCGAGGUUAAGGCGGGGGCCAACCCCACGGUGGUGCACUGCGAGAUCCAUCACGGACAGACGGGCGGGAUUUACGUGCACGAGAAUGGACUGGGCCAGUUUAUCGAUAACAAGAUCCAUUCGAAUAACUUUGCUGGGGUGUGGAUUACGUCCAACAGUAAUCCGACCAUUAGGAGGAACGAGAUCUAUAACGGUCAUCAAGGAGGCGUGUACAUCUUCGGCGAGGGGCGCGGCCUGAUCGAGCACAACAACAUCUACGGCAACGCCCUCGCCGGCAUCCAGAUCCGCACCAACAGCGACCCCAUCGUGCGCCACAACAAGAUCCACCACGGCCAGCACGGCGGCAUCUACGUGCACGAGAAGGGCCAGGGCCUGAUCGAGGAGAACGAGGUGUACGCCAACACGCUGGCGGGAGUCUGGAUCACCACGGGCAGUACGCCGGUACUCAGGCGGAACCGGAUCCACUCGGGCAAGCAGGUGGGCGUGUAUUUUUACGAUAACGGCCACGGGAAGCUGGAGGACAACGAUAUCUUCAAUCACCUCUACUCUGGGGUGCAGAUUAGGACUGGCUCCAACCCCGUGAUCCGAGGCAAUAAAAUUUGGGGCGGUCAAAACGGUGGCGUUCUAGUCUACAACGGCGGCCUGGGCCUCCUCGAACAGAACGAGAUCUUCGACAACGCGAUGGCCGGCGUGUGGAUCAAGACCGACUCGAACCCGACCCUGAAACGCAACAAGAUCUUCGACGGCAGGGACGGCGGCAUCUGCAUUUUCAACGGGGGCAAGGGCGUGCUGGAGGAGAACGACAUUUUCCGGAACGCGCAGGCCGGAGUGCUGAUCUCGACCCAGAGCCACCCCAUUCUGAGGCGGAACCGGAUCUUCGACGGGCUGGCCGCCGGGGUGGAGAUCACGAACAACGCGACGGCAACGUUGGAGUUCAAUCAGAUUUUCAACAAUCGGUUCGGGGGGCUGUGCCUGGCCAGCGGUGUGCAGCCCAUAGUAAGAGGAAAUAAGAUAUUCAACAAUCAAGACGCUGUAGAGAAGGCGGUUGCCAACGGUCAGUGCCUGUACAAGAUCUCCUCCUAUACAUCGUUCCCAAUGCACGACUUCUACCGCUGUCAAACGUGCAACACCACCGACCGCAACGCCAUCUGCGUCAAUUGUAUCAAGACGUGUCACGCCGGCCACGACGUCGAAUUCAUCAGGCACGACAGGUUUUUCUGUGAUUGUGGCGCCGGUACCCUGACCAAUCAGUGCCAGCUGCAGGGCGAGCCCACCCAGGACACGGACACCCUGUACGAUUCCGCGGCGCCCAUGGAAUCGCACACGUUGAUGGUCAACUAGGAGGCAGUGGCGGCGGCCGUCGUGUUUUUCCUGUAAAUCCCCCCCUGCGCGCGGCAGAGUUCCAUUCCCGACUGAUGAUGACGCAAUCGACAUUGACAAAACCCCCGCCCCCUAGAAUCUCGUGUGUGUGUGAUGCGCAUGCGCGGUAAGGGAAUUAUAAGGGAGGGAUCCCUAGAGUAAAUUAUUAUUAUUGCCGCUGUUCGAGCGAAAGUUGAUUUCUUUGUUGUAUUUUUCCGGUACUGAAAUUUUUAGGCUCGCAGAUACAGAAGGACCUAUGUUUUGAUAGAAAAUAUAACAAUUUUUUCCUUAAUAAUGCCAUCUAUCAAAACAUUAGUAGAAUAUCUGCGAGGCCUCCCUGUAUAGUGGAUUAAAUAUAUUUUAAUUCUUUUUUCUGAGACUGUUUAUGUAACGAAAAUCCAGGGGCAAAAUUACUCUUAUUGGACAUAGGAACGUUCUUUUUUCUUUAGCACAAAAAAAGUACAGGGUGUUCCAUUUUCGUGCUUUUGACAGGGUGUCUUUUUUAAGAGUAGAGAUACAAAGUGGGGUUUUUACGUCACUGAGUCACUUUUUUAUGAGACUAAACAUGUUGCACACAGAUUUGUCCUAGCCUUCUUAGUUCCUGAAAUACAGUAAAAUUUUGCAUUUUUCUUAUAACUGAUCAAAAAUAUGAUAAUAUAUAAAAAUUUAUAGCUGGGAGCUAAAAAGACUAUGCUAAAGACAAAUCUGUGUGUAACAAUUUUAGUGUCAUAAAAUAGUAACGUAAUGAUGUGAAAACCGCAUCUUUGUAGCUCUACUCGUAAACGAGAAACACCGUAAAACACACUAAAAUGGGACACCCUGUA